AACCUUCGCUUCCCACGCCGUGGUCUUCGGGGCGAGAGACGACCUUUCUUGCUCUCUAUCGCGUGUUUUGUCGUGCCAACCCAUCGUCCCGUAUUCUCCACGACACUACGGAAGCUAUAAAUUGCGUUUCGGUCUUGUGCUCUCGUCUUUUACACCGAAGCCCUCCAUCGCUCUCAUCCUUUCCCAACUCACUUUCACUCCUACACGCUGCUCGAGGCAUAAGACGGGCAUGCCUUCACAAAGCUCGAUUUGCCUCGUUCCACGGCCACGCUGCUAAUCUGUCGCCAAUAUGGUGCAACCGAGCGAUUCAAAAUCUGCUGAGCCUGAAGCAAAGGCAACGCCCGAGGCAAUGACCAAGAUGUCGUCUGCCUCUGGCGCCGCAGACAAAGACACAGUCAUUGAGGCCAUGCCCUACGGGACUCGCUCCCGCAACAGGACAGCAAACUCUCGUCCCAACUAUGCUGAGGAUAAGGACAUCGAGAUGGACAUGUAUGAUUAUUACCCUGACAAAAAAGACAGCGACGCCGGCAAGAAGCCCUCGCGGCAGACCAACGGCGUCGGCAACGGCGAGACGGCUCGCGCCAACGGCAGCUCACGCAAAAAUGCUCUUGCUGCGGCCGACGACUCCAAGACCACCCCCAGCCAAAAUGGCAGCCAGGAUGCAAAAUCUGGCGGAACUAUUCACGCAUCACAGGCGACGUCGGGGACUGGCACGUCGCAGCCUUCACGGAAACGCAAGGCGGCAGCUAACCAAAACGGCGGCGCGGCAGCGGCAGCAUCAACCGCAACAUCGGCUGCAGCAACGCCGCCGGCGUCGACGACAGCAGCGUCAAAAAAGAACGCCUUGGCCGCGCAGGCCCAGCUCCAGGGCAUGACAUGGCCCGAAUCCAACAUGCUCACAUUCGAGACGUGCAGAGGCCUGCCGGACAAUGGUCGAAUGGUGGCCGACGAUGGCACGGUGCUGGAGGCGAAUGAUCACGUCUAUCUCGUGUGCGAGCCUCCGGGAGAGCCCUACUACCUGGGCCGCAUCAUGGAGUUCAUGCACACCAACAACGACGCCUCCCGGCCGGUGGACGCGGUGCGCAUCAAUUGGUACUAUCGCCCCAAGGACAUUGGGCGCAAGGCCAGCGACACGCGAAUGGUCUUUGCCAGCAUGCACUCGGACAUCAGCCCCCUGACGGCCCUGCGCGGCAAGUGCCAGAUCAGGCAUCGGCUGGAGAUCAAGAGCAUGGACGACUACCGUCGCACGCCGGACAGCUUCUGGUACGAGAAACUGUACGACAGGUACAUCCAGAAGAACUACGAUCUGAUUCCCACCCGGCUCAUUGUCAACGUGCCCGAAAAGGUCAAGAAGGUGCUAGACGAGCGCUGGCAGUACGUGCUAGUCGAGCAGGGGCGUGGCAAGGAGCUGACUAGCGCCGUUAAGCUCUGCAAGAGAUGCAGCGGCUAUUGCGCAAGCAAUGACUCCGUUGACUGCGCAGUGUGUCAGCACACAUACCAUAUGAACUGCGUCAAGCCACCGCUGCUCAAAAAACCUUCUCGUGGUUUUGCUUGGUCCUGCGCUGCAUGCAGUCGUGCUCAGGAGCGCAAGUUGGAAGCUCGCCAUACGCCAAAUACUAUCGACACCGUAGAUGCCGACGACGACGAGCUCCUGGACGAAGACGAAGAGGAUGCUCAGGGCAUCGAAACCGACAGGACAAGCCCCGCCGACGACGAUGCGCCUCAUCAGGGAACCUCGGAGCAGAUUUACCAGGCUAGUCUCUGGCCAUGGCGCUAUCUCGGCAUGCAUUGCAAGCCGGAGGAUGCCCUGGACUACGAUGAUCGCAUCUACCCUCGUGCAGGCACCCGUAUUGGCCCGAGAAACCAGGCUUCUGUUGGCGCGUGGCCCGGACAACCUGUUCAGUAUGUCAAGCCGCUGGAGUUUAAGAAGGGCGGCAAGAAAGAUCAGAAGUUGCUCAAAGAACAGCAAGAGGCCGAAAAGGCUCGCCGAGGACAGCGGCCGAAGUGGGUCCAAGAUCAGCCACCGGGAUACGUCGCUCGCGGCGAAGACUUGGACGAAAAUGAUCCCAAUUGCACGGCCACAUUACUAUGGAAGCCACCAACCUCAGAUACCCCGUCUGUUGACAAGAUAAAUGAUUAUGUUGCCGAAGCUAUGUCUACAGCCAAAAAGCUAGACCUUCCCGAGCGCUCUACUAAUCUUCGAGAUGCCGCCGUCGAAUCACUAUUUCGCGAGAACUUUGAUGAGUCCAAGGCCCUCACUGUGCUCUCAGAGAAGCCUAGGAGUGAGUUCAAAGAGCCCAACUUUAGCCCGGCCGAGGCCAAGAAGUUCGAAGAAGGCGUUUCAAAGUUCGGCUCUGAGCUGCAUCUUGUCAUGAAACACGUUAAGUCGAAGCCGCCGGGAGAGAUUGUCCGCCAUUACUACGUUUGGAAGAAAACAGAAAGGGGGCAGCAAGUGUGGGGCAGCUUCCCCGGUCGAAAAGGGAAGAAGCAGGCCAGACGCGAAGACAUUGCAGCUUCAAAGCUCGCUGACGAUGUGGCCAACGACGACGACGAUUCUGCAUUCGACGCAGAGAAGGCGGUAGAGAAGAAGCGAAGCUUUAUUUGCCAAUUCUGCAACAGGACGCAAGACCGCCAAUGGAGAAGAGCGCCGAAUCCGCUUCCUGGACUCGUUAAUGAUCAGGGUCUCAAGGGCACUGGAAAGGACAAAGCUGGGAACCAAUACGUUGUCGCCUUAUGUCGGCGCUGUGCCGAGCUAUGGCGACGCUAUGCUAUUCGAUAUGAAGUUAUUGAAGAAGUGGCUAAGAAGGUUGCGCAGGCUGGUGGCCGUGCAUGGAAACGCAAGCAAGAUGAGGAACUUCUCAAAGAACUCCAGCUUGCACAAGAAAUGGGGUAUAUGACGCCCGAACGAGCCCCAACUCCUUCCAAAGCCGCUGCUUCCCAGCCCGGCGAGACUCAGGAGCCUCCUAGGAAGAAGCUCAAGACCGCAGUUGAUAAAGAAGCCGAAGCAACACCCUCGGAUGCCGGCAGCACUCCCAGCGUAGCUCCGACUAAGAAGAAGGAGAAAGCAGCUGUGGAACCCCCAGCCGCCCCUGAAAUGCCAAAGCCUCGAACUCUUCCUUGUGCCAUUUGUGAUCAGAUGGAACCAAUGGGAGACCAGCACCUCUCAUGUCGAGAGUGUCGCCUAACAGUCCACCGUAACUGCUACGGCAUUAUUGACAAUAAAGUCCAGGGCAAAUGGAUAUGCGACAUGUGUGCAAAUGAUAAGAGCCCACAAGUGUCGAUCCAAUACAAAUGUGUCUUGUGCCCUGUUGAGCAAACUGAACAUGAUUUUGUCGAGCUGCCGAAACUCACACACCACAAGAAGAAGAUGUCUGAGAAAGACCGCGAGCGAGAAAAGAUAGAAGUUCAACAAGCCCGCAAAGCCGCUGAAUACUACCGCAAGAAGCAGGAGGAGAUGAAUCGCCCAGUCAACCCCCGCGAACCGCUCAAGCGCACAGCUGACAAUAACUGGGUGCAUGUCACCUGCGCCGUAUGGACGCCUGAAGUCAAGUUUGGUAACGCCAAGGCAAUGGAACCGUCUGAGGGGAUCCCAUCUGUCUCGAGAGCAAAGUAUGACGAGAUCUGCCAAGCCUGUAACCAGAAGGGCGGGGCAUGUGUGCCCUGCCAUCAAUGUCGUGCAUCUUACCACGUCGAAUGCGCACGACAAAAAGGGCAUAUUCUUGGAUUUGAUAUUGCUCCGGUCAAGAGUUCCCGCCGAGACCAGUUUAACAUUGUCACCAUUAACGGCGAGAGCGGGAUCAUGUCGGCAGUGCUUUGGUGUAAAGAGCACGCCCCGGCUAAAACGAUCGUCCAUCGGAUUCAUGAUGUUGUGAAUGAGACAGGAUUGAAUGCCCUUCAACUCUACGUCCAGAAUUUCAAGCAGGCAGACCUCACCUUGACUGGUACGGUUCGCAAGGCCAAUCAGAUGACAACAGCCGCGAAAAUAUCCGGAGCACCAGUUCAGGCAUGGAAUCGCAGAGCGUCUACCACGACGACACCUAAUGGUGGUUGGGCUCCGCUGCGCAACGCCGAUGUGGCUGAUCCUGGAUCCCAUGCCCAGCAUCCGGGCGACAAAAUCUGCAUCACAUGCGGUAUAGACAUCGCCUUGAGAUGGUGGCCGAUUGAUAACUUCCAAGAGCGGAGAUUAACCAAUGGCCAUCAUGGGGUCAUUGGAUCGGAAGCACAAAAGUUUGUUGAGCAGCGAAAGUUCCAAUGCCAUAAAUGUCACAAGCUACGAAAGACACCCCGUAGUCCGGGGUUGACUCUUCGAACUGGACCGUCGCCCCCGCCUCCCGAACUUGCUCGUCCCCAGCCGCUGGAGGCUACUCUUAUGGCUCCGGUACCACCCCUGAGAGGCUCAACGCCUCCUCCCCCGCCGCCAAAUGUGGUCGAUUAUCGUGACGGACGCCAUAUGAGCCAUCCCCUUUCUUGGCCGCAACCACCGCCAGGCUCACACACAAUGCCCGCCGUGUCUACUCCCCCACUGAUACCAGCACCGGUUCAUGCGCCAGCUCAGGUGACAGGGCACCGUCCACCUCCAAUGGCACACCCAUAUCCGCCGGCACCACCACCACCACCACCACCACCACCAGGUAGAACGACAGCCUAUCCUGAGUGGGCACCUCAUCGUCCCGGCAGCCAGCAUAACUCACCUCCUCGUCACAUUAACGGUGGUCCUCCCCCGCCUCUCUUGCACGGCGGCCCGCCCCCGCCCCAACCGCCGCCAGUAUCAAAUCUUUCUGCUCUGAGGCCGCCUGCCAUGGCUGGUCCGCCUCCAGCUGCACCGCUGCCCGGCAGUCAUCAACAUGGACAUGGAUAUAGUAACGGGCUCCCCCCCUCCCCACGACGGAUGAGUGGACCAACUGCCCCCGCUCCAUACGUACCCCCUUACCACAGCGGACAUUCAGGCCACGGAGGACCUAUCCAUCCCCCGGCUCACCUCAUGAAUAACGGACCUCCGCCGCCGCCGCCGCCGCCGCCGCCGCCGCCGUCACGAUCAGAUGCAUUUUCGCAUGGUCUACAUCCUCAGAGACCCUCAUACCCACCAGCCUCACAUGCUAGCCCUCCUAUUGUGAGAAAUGGGUUACCGCCGCCGCCGCCGCCGCCGCCGCCCCAGCCUCAUGAGCUGCCUCCUUCGUCGGUUCCUAUGGCCCCACGGCCUCCAGAAAGCAGGCCAGCUACAGCCGCGAGCACGAAUCCUUCACUUCGCAACCUACUCUCUUAAGAUUUUGACCAGCUUUCAUUUACGGAGUCUACUCAGAGGCAGUAGCAGUGGAAGCUAAUGCUCGUCGGCCUAAAUUAUACGUAUAUAUACUGGUGUAUUUGUUAUUGUUCUUUUUUUCUUUUUUUUGUAUUGUUUGGACACGAUCGGUUAUAUGCAUCAAACAACCUGUCCUUUUUGCUUUUCUUUUCACUUAAAACGAUAAAUUUAUUAAUAUAGGUCGAAAGAGGACCUGAGAGACCAGUGCUGCUUUUAUGUCGUACAAUUGAGCAGAUUCAUUCGUGAAUCUAGAGAAAUUCUCUACCCCGUCUCGAAAUUAGAGCUUACGGGAGAAGUAAAGGAAGGGAGUUGGGCCACACAAUCGUGGCUUUUGAAUAGUUUCAUCCAAAUAUAGAUGGCAAUGCAGUAUGCAUAUUCUUUGGGGGGAAAAGUGCAUUAUCGAAUGUUAUAUAGUAUAUCGUGUUAUUGGAAAUGACGGCACUAAUGUAGUAUUUGG